AUGACUUCGCUUGCCACGUCCACUUCGGACCGGGCAAAGAUUAAUCAGAUGCGGAGAGAUCUGACUGUUUUGGGGCCCAUGAACAAGAUCCUUGUGGCCAACAGAGGUGAGAUCCCGAUCAGAAUCUUCAGAACUGCCCAUGAGUUGUCGAUGCAGACUGUGGCCAUCUACGCACACGAGGAUAGGUUGUCCAUGCACAGAUUGAAAGCCGACGAAUCGUACGUCAUUGGCAAGAAGGGCCAGUACUCCCCAGUGCAAGCUUAUUUGCAGAUUGACGAGAUCAUUAACAUUGCCAAGAGGCACAAUGUUAACAUGAUCCACCCAGGCUACGGUUUUCUCUCUGAAAACUCCACUUUCGCUCGUAAAGUUGAAGAGGCGGGAAUUGCUUGGAUUGGCCCUUCCUACACAACCAUUGAUGCUGUUGGUGACAAGGUCUCUGCCAGAACUUUGGCUUUGGAAAACAAUGUUCCUGUGGUGCCCGGUACUCCGGGCCCAAUUGACUCCACCGAGGAGGCCAAGAAGUUUGUGGAGAAGUACGGUUUCCCUGUGAUCAUCAAAGCUGCUUUCGGUGGUGGUGGUCGUGGUAUGAGAGUCGUCAGAGAGGGCGACUCCAUUGAGGAUGCCUUCAACAGAGCCAAAUCUGAGGCCUUGACCGCUUUUGGUAACGGCACCUGCUUCAUUGAAAGAUUUUUGGACAAACCAAAACAUAUUGAAGUGCAAUUACUUGCUGACAACUAUGGUAAUGUUAUUCACUUGUUCGAAAGAGACUGCUCUGUGCAGAGGAGACACCAAAAAGUCGUCGAGAUUGCACCAGCCAAAAACUUGCCAAAGUCUGUAAGAGACGCUAUCUUGACAGAUGCCGUUAAAUUGGCCAAGUCUGCAAACUAUAGAAACGCUGGUACCGCCGAGUUUCUUGUGGAUGAGCAGAACAGACAUUACUUCAUCGAAAUCAAUCCUAGAAUCCAGGUCGAGCACACCAUUACAGAAGAAAUAACGGGUGUUGACAUUGUCGCUGCUCAGAUCCAGAUUGCCGCUGGUGCCUCCUUGCAACAAUUAGGCUUGCUUCAGGACAAGAUCACCACCCGUGGCUUUGCAAUUCAAUGCAGAAUCACCACUGAAGAUCCCGCUAAAAACUUUCAACCUGACACCGGUAAGAUCGAAGUGUACCGCUCUGCUGGUGGUAAUGGUGUGAGAUUAGAUGGCGGCAAUGGUUUUGCUGGCUCUGUCAUCUCUCCUCACUACGACUCUAUGUUGGUCAAGUGUUCCUGUUCAGGAUCCACCUACGAGAUCGCUAGAAGAAAGAUGUUGAGAGCUUUGAUUGAAUUCAGGAUCAGAGGUGUUAAGACCAACAUCCCCUUCUUGUUGGCCUUGCUUACAAACGAGACAUUUAUUAAUGGUAACUGUUGGACGACCUUUAUUGAUGACACCCCAUCUUUGUUCCGUAUGAUUUCAUCACAAAACAGAGCUACCAAGUUGUUGAGCUACUUAGGUGAUUUGGCAGUCAAUGGGUCUUCUAUCAAAGGUCAAGUUGGUUUGCCUAAGCUUCUCACGGAGGCCUUGAUUCCAAUCUUGCACGACCCCAAGACUGGCAUCGAAAUUGACGUUGACUCUCCUGUGAAACCAAGGGGAUGGAGACAGGUUCUUCUCGAACUUGGCCCAGAGGGUUUCGCCAAGCAAGUGAGAAACUUCAAGGGAACCUUGAUAACUGACACCACUUGGAGAGAUGCUCACCAAUCCUUGUUGGCUACUCGUGUCAGAACUAUAGACUUGUUGAACAUUGCUUCAACAACUGCGCAUGCCUUGAACGGUGCCUUCUCCUUGGAGUGCUGGGGUGGCGCCACAUUCGACGUGUCGAUGAGAUUCCUUCACGAAUGUCCAUGGGCUCGUUUGCGCAAAUUGAGAGAAUUAGUCCCUAACAUUCCAUUCCAGAUGUUGUUGAGAGGUGCUAACGGUGUUGCGUACUCCUCUUUGCCAGACAAUGCUAUCGACCAGUUCGUAAAACAGGCAAAGGACAACGGUGUGGACAUUUUCAGAGUCUUUGAUGCUCUCAAUGAUUUGGAACAGUUGAAGGUCGGUGUCGAUGCUGUCAAGAAGGCUGGUGGUGUGGUUGAAGCUACGGUGUGUUUCUCUGGCGAUAUGUUGAACCCUAAUAAGAAGUACAACUUGGAAUACUACUUGAAUGUUGUUGACAAGAUCGUCGAAAUGGGUACUCAUUUCAUUGGUAUUAAAGAUAUGGCUGGAACUAUGAAGCCAAAGGCAGCUACUCUUUUGGUGAGCGCAAUUAGGGAGAAGUACCCUGAUAUUCCAAUUCAUGUUCACACUCAUGAUUCUGCUGGUACAGGUGUCGCUAGUAUGGACGCAGCAGCCAAAGCGGGUGCCGAUGUUGUUGAUGCAGCUUCCAACGCUAUGUCUGGUAUGACUUCUCAACCAUCUAUUAGUGCUCUCAUUGCUUCAUUAGAGGGCGAGGUCAAUCAUGGCUUAGAGGAAAGCUUGGUGAGAGAGCUCGACAACUACUGGGCUCAGAUGAGAUUGUUGUACUCAUGUUUCGAGGCUGAUUUAAAGGGUCCCGACCCAGAAGUUUACCAACACGAGAUUCCUGGGGGUCAAUUGACGAACUUGAUUUUCCAAGCCCAACAAUUGGGGCUUGGUGAAAAGUGGUUGUUGACCAAGGAGAAAUACAAGGUUGCCAAUCAUCUUUUGGGUGACGUUGUGAAAGUCACUCCCACAUCGAAGGUAGUUGGUGAUUUAGCCCAGUUCAUGGUCUCAAACAAUUUGACUGAAGAGGAUGUCAUCAAGUUGGCACCUGAAUUGGAUUUCCCAGGAUCGGUUCUCGACUUCAUGGAAGGCUUGAUGGGUAAACCUUACGGUGGUUUCCCUGAGCCAUUGAGAACUCAAAUGUUGAACAACAAGAGACCUAAGUUGGACAAGAGACCCGGUUUAUCCUUGCCACCUGUUGACUUUGCCAAAGUGAAGGAAGAAUUGGUUUCUCGUUAUGGUGAAUCCAUCGAUGAAUGUGACAUUGCUUCCUAUGUAAUGUAUCCAAAGGUUUACGAGGACUACCGUGCUACUCUUGAAAAGUACGGCGAUUUGUCAGUCUUGCCAACUAGAUACUUCUUGAAGCCAUUGGAUAUCAACGAAGAGAUUGUUGUCGAUAUUGAGCAAGGUAAGACUUUAAUUAUUAAGUUGUUGGCAGUUGGGGAAAUUUCCAAGCAGACCGGUACGCGUGAAGUGUUCUUCGAGUUGAAUGGUGAAAUGAGAUCAGUCACGAUUGAUGACAAAACUAUUUCCAUCGAAACCAAGACUCGUCCCAAGGCUUCUCAACCAAAUGAGGUCGGCGCUCCUAUGGCCGGUGUCGUCGUUGAGAUUAGAGUCAAGAAGGACCAAGAGGUCAAGAAGGGUGACCCAGUUGCCGUCUUGAGUGCAAUGAAAAUGGAAAUGGUUAUUAGUGCGCCAGUGAGUGGUAAGGUCGGAGAAAUCGUGAUCAGAGAAGGUGAUUCUGUCGACUCUGCCGACUUGAUCACAAGCAUUCUUAAAUAG